AUAAUUUUAAAAUGAUUUUUUUAAAAACCCCACUUUGGCCAAAGUUCAAAAUUUUGCACACCUUUGAUUGUUUCACAUCUUCCCCUUCUUUACCACAGAAAUAAAAGCUGUAAAACACAUUACCUCACCACCACUGAAGAAGACUUUAAGCACCCAAAAAAAAACCAACCCCCAUUCUCUCUUUUGCACUAAUGGCUUUUGCGGCUCUCCACCACCACCUCCCCCUACCACCUUUAACUCCUCCUUUUUCCUUUCAAUCUCAAUCUCUCUCUCUUUACUCUCACCAUCUCGAAGAACCCACCACAGAAUCGACCACCCAAGCCCACCUCUCUUUGCCUCUUCGGUGUUCGAUUAAUUGACUGUGAGAAACUAAGCUCAAUGGGCUACCUCUCUUGCAAUGCAGAGUCGGCGAUCGCAACCUGCGAUCCGUACAACUGGGACCGCAGAAGAAAACCCAAAACCAAACCCAAUAACAAGCCGAUCAAGAUCAGGCACUUUUACUACGACGACCUCGUCGCCGCAACAAAUGGCUUCGCCGCCGAGAGUUUUCUGGGCAAAGGAAGCCACGGCAGCGUCUACAAGGCCGUUCUCGACGGCGGCAGUCUCGUCGCCGCCGUUAAAAAAACCAAAUCCUCCCAAACAACGUCGUCGUCGGCGAGCCUUCACAACGCGGAGAAUGAGAUCGAGAUUCUCUCCAGAGUUCACCACCCCAGGCUCGUAAAUCUCAUCGGGUUCUGCUCCGAUUCAGCCAACGACACUAAAUUGAUCGUUGUCGAGUACAUGCCCAACGGCUCUCUCUACGACCUCCUCCACUUGAACUCCAGACCGCCCGGUUGGACCCGGAGGAUCCGGUUCGGGUUACACGUGGCAAAAGCGGUUCAGGGGCUCCACUCGUCCAGCCCGCCCGUCAUCCACCGCGACAUCAAAUCGUCCAACGUUUUGAUCGACAAGGACUGGAACGCGAGGCUCGGCGACUUAGGGCUGGCGCUGAGGGGACACGUGGAGGACGUUCGCAUAAAGUGCACGCCACCGGCGGGGACGUUAGGGUACCUCGACCCGGGCUAUCUUGCGCCGGGGGAUCUGAGCGCCAAGAGCGACGUCUUCAGCUUCGGAAUUCUCUUGCUGGAGAUUUUGAGCGGGAGAAACGCCAUUGACGUGAACUACAGCCCUCCGUCGGUGGUGGACUGGGCCGUGCCGAUAAUAAAGCGUGGGGACUUCGCCGGAAUCUGCGACCAGAGAAUUGGACCUCCGGCUGACCCCGCCGUGAUCCGCCACGUGGCGGUAUUGGCCGCGAAGUGCGUGAGAUCCACAGCGGAGAAGCGGCCGACGAUGGCCGAGGUCGUCGAGUGUCUGAAGGUGGUGAUCAAGAGAAUCCACGCGCCGUCCAUUUGGAGUAGCCUGAAGCGGCGCGUGAACAUGAAGCGCGUGGAGAACCGGAAGCAUCAGCAUCGACGUGGUGAAAGUCGCGAAUACGAAGAGGUUAGAAAUGCGAAGUUUGUGAGAGGAGGGAGCAGGAGGAAGCUGAACGGGAAGAUAUCGAGUGUGUUGGGCGCAGAGUGCGAGGGUGAGGGCGAGGAGAUGAUUGAUCGACGCGUGGCGAAGUCAAAGUCAAUUGGGUCGGUGAAUGAGAUUAAGGCGUGGGGCGGUAAUAAUGAGGUGCGGAAGGGUGCAGGGGUAGCAGUGAAGGUGCCUUCGGUGGUGAGGCUGAACAAGUCGAGGUCAACGGGAGUGUUGAAUAGUCCAAGGAUCGUGCGGUAUCAAAAAAGAGGAUUUGUGUUUGAGUUUGGAGGGAGGGAAGUUGAUUCGGUGGAGUUGGAUAUGUCCAAGUGGGUGAUUAGUUUGGAGGGUGAUGAGAAAUCUGAGAGGAAGAUGCUUCAGAAACCUCUGGUUUCUAUGUAACAAAGUGGUUAAUUAGAUGAUUAAGAAGUGGGAUUUGGAUUAUUUUGUUGGAGAUUGGAAUGUUGUAGAAUUAAAUAUUUGUAAGUUUUUUUGGGGCAAGCUCAUAUUGGUCACCCCCAUAAACAAUGUUUCUAUUUUGAUUCUGACCCACAAA